GCAUCCCGUUGAUCCAGCGCCUCACCUGGCAGAGCAGCGUGCUCAUCAUGGCGAGCCACGCCGUGCACCAGGCCGAGCGCCUCGCCACGAGGGACGACCGCCCGCUCGUCUUCAACGCGUGGUUCCCGUUCGACACCGCGGCGAGUCCUGUGUUCGAAUUCAUCUACGUCUCGCAGACCGUCACCGCUCUGUGGUUCACGGUGUCACUGACGUCGUUCAUCGGGCUGUACGCCAUGCUGGUGGCCGUGGGGUGCACCCAGCUGCAGAAACUCAGCGCCGCGCUGCUGGGGGCGUGUGUGGAGCGCGGACUGAGGGACCGAGUGCUCCAGCAUCAGCACAUCCUGCGGUAAGGCACAGCCGGCUCUGAGUGAGGCCCCAAGGCGUCUUUUGCGAGCACACAAACGAGACGUUUCGCUUUGUGUCUGCAGGUUCCUGCGGGAGCUACAGGACACGUACCGCCUGGUGCUGGUCGGCCCGUUCCUGCUCAUUGCCUGUGGGAUGUGUGUCAACACGUUCUCCAUCCUGCUGAGCUGGGGCAACGCGACCGAUACCCUGCAGGCCCUGACGCUCAUCGUGGCUCUCACCUCGCAGCUCUACGUCUACUGCUGGUUCGGCAACGAGCUCACCGGCCAGAGCGCCGAGUUGCGGGAGGCCGUGUGGGGCUGCAGCUGGGUUGGGGCACCCCUCCGCGAGCAGCGCGCACUCCUUUUCAUGAUGGGGUCUGCCAAUGAGUUCACACUGACAGCAGGGGGCAUCAUACCCGCGUCGCGACACACCCUGAUGCAAGUGCUGAACCAGACUUAUUCAUUUCUCAUGUUCCUCAUGAACUUCAUGGAUGACUAAAGAACGAGGAGUGGGGGAAGGCAAUGGCCAGAGCACAACCUGAGGCGGGAGUCCCACCCACACAUCGAGUAAAAAAUUUCCUUGCAACGGAAGUUGAUUCAACGACCAAAGCAUCAAUCUCACGCAAUAGAUAGAACUUGUAAGCAACAAAUCAAGUCCCUUCUACUACCACGGUAAACUUUUAAGAUGCACGAGCCAUAAUUACAAUAAUGAACUGUCCACGUUAUAUUAUCUUGCAUUCUCUCUUCAUCGCUUUGAUUUUUAAUAAUACCGACUGUAAAUAAACCUUACAUAUAAAGCAAAGUUUGCAUUAUAUUCUACGGCGUUCGCUGCUAUAAUAAUUACGUAGAAAUCGCAUUAAGCAUUUAGUACUAGAGACACACAAUUCUGUAACACACACACAACAAAGCAAACAUUAUUUCUGUACUCACCGACAGCCCUAAGGCGAGACAAACCUUCAUCGGAACACGUAGUUAGUUCUAUUUGGUGGGUCCAAGAAACGAAAACGAGGUUAAAGAAUCUUUACGUCUUCAAAAAACACUACACACUUCCGGCGUUCAUGUGAAUUUAUAACAGAUCGGAUACCUAAAGCACAAUGCAACACAAUUUUUUCAAAAAGCUACAAACUCACUCUUCACAGUCCAAACAUCGCGACAUUUUCUCUAAGAAUGAAAAUAAACGAGAGCGCAAAAACAAAAGACGCACGACAUAUCGACUACUGGAGAGUGCGUUUAUUAUGCAGAUGAUGUCAACGUCUACACUCGAUCUAUCAAAUCAUUCAAUACUAAAUGCGGCCUUCGUAUGAACUGACAAUAAAAAUAUAUUUUACAAUCACAAAACUGCCAAAACUCUACACAAUCGAGGAUAUUUCUUUCCUAUCCUCGUAAAUUAUUGCACAAUUUAAAUCGAUACGUGUGCGAUACUAACGUACAAUCGAAUACAAA